AUGUUUGCCGAGUCCUCCAGCGUGGAAAUUAUAAGGGAUAGCUCCAGCUUCGGUCUUCCUCUCGGAGACCCGGCCGCAUCACAACCACAUCUGGACCUGGGCCGAAAACAAACGCCCGUGCAGACGCCCCAGUCCCAUCAUACUGCUGUGUUGGCACUAGGCGCGAAUCUUGGAGACCGCGCUCGUUAUAUCGAAGCGGCUGUCUCAUCUUUGGAUGCGCAUCCGAGCAUUCGUGUCGUCGAUACCUCUUUUCUCUAUGAAACGGCCCCCAUGUACUACAUCGACCAGCCUCGAUUCCUUAAUGGUGCAUGCAAAAUUUCCACUUCUCUUUCGCCACAUGCAUUGCUAGAUGUGUGCCAGCAGAUUGAACGGGAUCUUGGUCGUACCAAGGAACAUGUACCGCGAAAUGGGCCUCGUGUCGUGGACAUUGAUAUUGUCCUGUAUGACCAUGAACAGGUUACAGAUGGCGAGCGACUGAUCAUUCCACAUGCGCGUCUGCAUGAACGUGCAUUUGUGCUCCGUCCUGUGUGUGACAUGAUGCCGACGUACGUACAUCCUGUUCUCCAGCGCACGAUGGCAUCAUUGCUACCCUUGACCAUGGACGGUUCCAUGACACGUGUGAUGCCCGUCAAAGACCGCAUGUGGCAUUGGGGCCAGCAAACUCGCGUAAUGGGCAUAUUGAAUGCGACGCCUGACUCAUUCUCAGAUGGCGGUCAGCACUUGGAUCUGGAGCGGGCGUUGGACACAGCCCGUGAUAUGGUCCGAGCGGGGGUGGCGAUUUUGGACGUAGGCGGUCAAAGCACGGCUCCUGGCCGUGUAGAAGUGUCUGUCGAAGAAGAAAAGGCACGAAUUCUUCCACUAAUCAAGGCGAUUCGCGAAGAUCCUAUCACACAGGAGACACCCAUCUCCAUCGAUACGUACCGAGCAGACGUGGCCAAGUGCGCCUUAGAUGCUGGAGCGAUGAUUGUGAAUGACGUCAGUGGAGGCUCAAGAGACCCACAAAUGCUUGUGCUCGUGGCACAACGCCACUGUCCAUUUAUCGUUAUGCAUAUGCGUGGUGAUGCGUCGACCAUGACACGCCUUACUCAUUACGAAGGUGGCAUUGUGAAUGAUGUCCGCAUGGAGUUGCAAACACUCGUCCGAAAUGCAUUAGCUCACGGAGUGCGUCGAUGGAACCUGAUCUUGGAUCCAGGAAUUGGAUUUGCAAAAAACAAACAAGAUAACUUGCUUUUGCUGCGCCGUUUGCCAGAGCUUGUAGAUCAUUGCGCAGCAGGUAUGUUGCGUGAGUGUGCUAGUCCGGAAGUUCACGAUACGACGCAAUUGCAUGAGGGCCCGUGUAUGUCACUCGCACAUAUACCUGUGUUACUGGGAGUUAGCCGCAAGCGGUUCCUUGGUGAUUUGGUUCAUGCGCCAUCCUCCGACCCAGCAUUGCGAAUGCAAGCAAGCAUCGCUGCUUGCGUCGCUACCAUGGCCACCGGUUGCGUCGACUUAAUCCGUGUUCACGACGUUGCACAAGCUAUGGAUGCCGUGCGAACAUCCGACGCCAUUUGGCGCAAUUAA